GGGAAGGGAGGGGGCGCACGCACCAGGGGAACACAGCCCGCGCUGCUGCCUGCAACCGCCGCCGCCGUGGCUCCUGGCCUUGCUCCGACACUCACCGUCCGCUUCUUCUUUAGCUGAGCUAGGCGAAGCGAACCUGCAACCGCCAAGCUAGCACUGCGUGGGUUGCUGCAUCGCGUCGCUGAUGGCCGCGGCGCACCCCUCGUCGUCCGCGCGGGCGCGCGCGCCGCUGCCGGCGCCGGCGCCGGCGGCUCGCCCAUUGCAUCCCCUCGCCGGCCUGGAGGAAGGGGAAGCCGUGGCGGCCGCCGCUCACCCCGGCGCGCACCGGGUGCGGCGCAGGGGGAGGAAGCAGAAGCAGCUCUGGCCCAAGACGGUGCUGCGGAAGUGGCUCAACAUCAGGUCGCCGGAGUCCGACUUCAGCGCCGACGAGGGCGACACCACCGACGACACCGACAGCGAGGUCGAGUACGAAGAGAUGUGUGCCUGGGAACGCAAGUUACAUGAUGAAGAGAGGAACCACCGUGGACUUGGUGCUGAAACUAUUGGAAACCAACUAGGGCCAGUUCCCUAUGGGCUCCAUAGAAGGCGCAAGUCAGAGACCCUCCGUGCACAAUAUAUAGAUGUCAGGGAACUAAGGAUAUGUGCGGGAACAUGGAAUGUUGCAGGCAGACUUCCGCCUGAUGACUUGGAUAUUCAAGAAUGGUUAGAUAUGGAGGAGCCAUCUGAUAUAUAUGUUCUUGGGUUUCAAGAAAUUGUUCCAUUAAAUGCUGGGAAUAUAUUUGGUGCUGAAGACAACCGUCCUAUUGCAAUGUGGGAGAAUAUUAUUCGUGAAACUUUGAAUAAGAUCAGCCCAGAUAAACCAAAAUAUAAAUGCCAUAGUGAUCCUCCUUCUCCAUCAAGGUUCAAGCCAUCUGUUGAUGCUUUCAUUAUGGAAGAUGAACUUAUUAGUGAGUCUGAUAGCGAAAGUGAUGGGGAGGUGCAUCCGUUUAAUGACCAAGAUUUGAUUGCUUCUGUUGAUGGCAUUCAUGGUAACACAUGUGAACGCCCCACUGCUGCACCCGAAACAAUUUUACAAGAUGAUAAGUUCAGCAAGCUGCCUUCAAUGAAGACUUUUGAUAGAUCCCAUAACUUAAGUUUUAAAGAAUCUAAUUUGGAAGAGCAGAUCUGUCAGAAGAUAUUAACUAAAACUCUCAGUCACUCGGAGAGGCUUGGAAUGGUUUGGCCUGAACCACCAUUGGAUAUGUUGGCACAGUAUCUUCCCGACAGCACAAAAUCAUUAGCUUCAGGGAGAGCAUUACGAACAUAUUUGUCUUUCAAGUCAGUAAAUGGAGACUCUGGUCCAUUUCCAGAGGACAAUUUAGUUCCAGAUUUAAACAUUAACUAUGCAGCAGUUAAAAGUAAAAAACCAUAUUUUGUAAGGAUAAUAAGCAAGCAGAUGGUCGGAGUGUAUCUAUCAAUCUGGGUACGAAGAAGCCUCCGGAAGCAUAUUCAGAGUCUGAAAGUAUCAACUGUAGGGGUCGGUGCCAUGGGCUACAUUGGUAAUAAGGGAUCAAUAUCAGUAAGCAUGUCCAUAUAUCAAACACACUUUUGCUUUAUAUGUUGUCAUCUGACCUCUGGAGAAAAAGAGGGAGAUGAAUUAAAAAGGAAUGCUGAUGUUCAAGAAAUCCACCGAAGGACCGUAUUUAAUCCAGUUUCCAGAGUCAACAUGCCUAAGACAAUAUAUGACCAUGAAAGGAUUGUGUGGCUUGGUGAUCUCAACUAUAGGAUUAACUUAUCAUACGAGAAGACCCAUGAACUCAUCUCCAGGCAGGACUGGAAUAAAUUAUUUGCUUUCGAUCAGCUGAAAGUAGAGCUGAAGAAGGGACAUCCAUUUGAAGGGUGGACCGAAGGGGUCAUCAACUUUCCUCCGACAUACAAAUACAAGGUUAACUCAGGAAAAUACAUAAGUGAUGAUCACAAAUCUGGAAGGAGGACACCUGCAUGGUGUGACCGAAUUCUUUCCCAUGGUAAGGGUACGAGGUUACUGUCAUAUAAGACAGUUGAUCUCCGGCUGUCGGAUCACCGCCCUGUGACUGCUGUGUACAUGGUAGAUGUUGAGGUUUUCUCUUCAAAAAAGCUGCAGAGAGCUCUUACCUUCACCGAUGCAGAGGUUGAGGAACAGCUUUCCUUUGAGGAAGAUAGCACUUCUGGAAUAUACAACCUUGGACUAUAUUGAAGUCCAAAGUAAUCUUGCACACAUGCACAAUGAAAUUGAUGUUUUUCUCAAGUAUACGAGGAAAGAUUGGCCCACGUUGCCGCUUAAUCUGUCCAGCCAGUGCCUCUCUAUUUUUCAGAGACCAGCAGUUGGAACUUUGAAAUAGGUAGUUCCACUUCCAUGUACAUUUCCCCCAUGCUCUGACCAUAUUUCAAAAUCUUUUGUCAUGCAUUUUGCCAUUUUCUUUUCCUCCCCCCUCUUAGUGUUGUGCCUCGAAUGUGGAAAAAAUAAUCUCCUCUGUAACGAUCAAAUGUUGGACAGUGUAAGUUUCCUGCCGACUGAUUGAGGCAUUGUACGGUUUUUUUUUUUUAUCCCUGCGGUGCAGCAAAUGUACCUUUUAACUUAACUGAUCCCUGUUUGGUCAAACUAUCGUGGAGUUGAUUAGAUUUGGAAUCA